UUACAGCUGGAGACGAGUUACAGCUGGAGACGAGUUACAGCUGGAGACGAGUUACAGCUGGAGACUAGUUACAGCUGGAGACUAGUUACAGCUGGAGACUAGUUAAAGUAGUUUAGAGAGGUUGUUUUGAAUUUGGUCGGUGGUCUCAGAACGUCAUCAGUCUCACCUGGACGACUUCAGACAGAACCCCUGAAGAACAUGAAGAACGUCAGGUUUUCAGCGGGAGGCGGCCGUCCUGAGGAGAACCGGGACGGAACCCGGGUCUGGAACAGGCUGAAGAUCCCCACCAAGAUCUGGAAGAACCAGGUCCGCCGAGACCAGCUGGACCACACUGAAGGUCCUGCAGAGAACCCGGACCGUCUGGACCAGGUCAGCAGGAGGCUGAUCCUCCGGGAGGACCGGCUCUUCGGUCAGACCUCCUCGGUCCAGGAGGAGGACCAGCUCCACAGAGACCUGCGGGUUCUGGAAGACCUCCUCUGGACCGCUGUCCAGAACACCUUCAGCUCCUCUGUGGACCAGCAGGAGGCGCUGCGGAGCGCCGUGACCGCCAUCCAGCAGCAGGAGGAGCAGGACCGGCGGUGGGCGGAGCUUCAGGGUCUCCGGGGUCCAGGGGGGCGGGUCCCCGCAUGGCGUCCUCUCAGGCUCCUCAGGACUCACGACCUGCUGCUGGAGGACCUGGUGGAGGCUCGACUGAAGGACGCCUGUGAGGACCAGACCGUGGGACGGGACCUGUCCUCCGCCGUCAAGAGACAGGUGUGUGCGUUGGGCCGCCGGGUGAAGGACGACCUGCUGACGGCGGCGAGGACGGUGGCGCCGUGUUACCCUGCUCACCUGGACAUCCUGACGCUGUUCCUCCGCCUGUACCACCGCCGCUUCAGCCGACACCUGGAGCACCUGGCCCAGCAGCAGCUGCAGCCGGACGACGGCCGCUACCUGCUGCUGUGGGCCAACCGCCUGUACACAGCUGAGGUCCUGCAGCUGGACGAGCUCCAAAUGAAAGUGUCCUCUGUCGGGUUUGUCCCACUGUCCUCUGCUGAGGCGUCCUUUGCUGAGGCGUCCUCUCUCGAGGCGUCCUCUCUCGAGGCGUCCCCCCUCAGCGGGUCCUGUCCCCAGAGGACCACGUCGUGUCUCGGUCCUCUGCUGGGAGACGAGCGGCUGAAGGUCCUGGAGGACCGGUACCUGAGCAGCUCAGAGGACAGACUGAAGCUGUGGCUGGACAACCUGCUGAGCCGGGAGCAGCAGGCCUGGAGGACCGGCAGGGACCCCGAAGUCCUGGACGGGUACCGCUUCAGUCCACUGGCUGCUGACGCCAUCCAGGUCAGUCACUGGUCCAGGUCGGUCUCUGGUCCAGGUCGGUCUCUGGUCCAGGUCGGUCUCUGGUUAGCUCUAGUCUCAGAUUCCUGCUGUGUGAUCAGAGACCAGACUGAGACCAGGAGGCUCACCGUCCACUUCCAGGACUUCCUGUCCAGGUACUCGGGCUGGGUGCAGGACUUUGUCAAAUCGUCUCUCAGUAACGUCCCCUCAGUGAUGAAGGCUCAGCUGCUCUGUGAGCAGCAGCUCAGGGAUUACAUCACAGGAUCACUGCAUCUGUCUGAGGAGCAGAAGCUGCACUGCAGCGACUCCCUGUCUGCCCUGAGGCAUUCUGGGUACUGGAGUCUGACCAGCGCCGUGCAAGUCCGGCUCAAGGAGCAGCUGCAGUCUCUCUGGACGCCGGGCUGGGUUGACGGUUCUCUUCCCGUGGUGGACCGCCUGCUGGACUUUGUGGACAGAACCCUGAGUGACCUCAGUGACCUCCACCCCACCUGCAGGCAGGUGGUGCUGGGCCUCCUCCAUCAGGACGUGGUCGUCCGCUAUGUGAAGAAGACUCUGAAGAUGAAGAGCAGGAAGCUGCAGGUGGGCGGAGCUUCACGGAUGAUCCAGGACGCCCGGAUGAUGGACAGCUUCUUCACUGAACAGGAGGGUGGAGGCUCCUGGCUGUCUUCUCUUCUCUGCAGCGUCGCUGAAAUUCUUCGUCUUCAGGAUCCAGAAAGCAUCAAGCUGGAGGUCAUGACCCUGAUCCAGCUCCACCCUGACCUCAGCGACGUCCACGUCUCGGCGCUGUGUUCUCUGAAGAGCGUCCUCUCAGCGGCCGACGUUCGAUCCCUGCGCCGCAGCCUGGAAGAGCCCCGCCCCCACGGCGCCUCCACCAAUCACAGCCCUCCGUUCUUCUCCAGGAUCCACAUCAAAGGCAUUCAGUCCAGAUUCCGUCCAAUGAGGCGCUGACCCCGCCUCCGACACCUUCCUGACCCCGCCCUCAGACACACCCCUUCUGAUGGGUUUUCACCACAGAGCAAAGUGUUCCUGUCCUGCUGUCAGUCCAUCAGUCUGUCCAUCUGUCCAUCUGUCCAUCAGUCUGUCCAUCUGUCCAUCUGUCCAUCAGUCUGUCCAUCUGUCCAUCUGUCCAUCAGUCUGUCCAUCUGUCCAUCUGUCCUUCCAUCUGUUAGUCUGUUUAAAUGUGUGAAUUAUAUUAAAACGUUGAGAAAAGUU